GCAGUGUAGACGGUGACGCUCCCACCUGUCACCAACGACACCCAGGGCCUACUCGCUUGGCCACUCUGGACGACUCUUCCGUGACAAGAAAAAGUGGAAAUUUGAAGAGCAGUGGAGAGUAAGUGUGUGAGGUGUGUGUGUGUAGCCACGGAAGGAAGCUGUAGCGAGUCGCCCUCGUCCAUCAACAUCGAAUUUAGAAUUGGCAUGCAUUUCUCACCUCUUGUGAGACACCACCUUCACUCUUAGUCACUCGAUUGUGCGAAACACAUUGGAAACACCCAUUAACCAGUUUAAGUUGCUGAAAAUUUAGAAAGUUGGUUAAUUUUAUUUUAUCGAUUCUAAGUGUUUGGUAAAGUGUGCGUGUGAAGACAUUAGUGUUCUCUGUAUUCAAGACAAUUUAUAUUAUUUGUAAAAUCUAAGUGUAUAUAAAUCGUGCUAGUACUAAGGAAGUGGUCAGGUUGGACGCAGAUACGUGGCAGUGGAGAGGCGGGAACACUGUCACACAAAUUGAAAUUACAGUGUCUUGCCCUUCACACAAAAUGUAAUUAUAUUGUGAUUAACUAAAUAUCACAAUGAAGAGUAGUGACAGCAACUCUCUGAUCAGUGUCUGGUAUAGAUAGUUACUGACGACAACGGACGUCUUUAAUACGUUUAUUGGUAGUCAAAAUCUAGCUAACACAAGUGUUGUCAAGUUUCCUGAACAUAUCGGUGUUCGUUUUCGUUUCCUGUGGCCUGAGAAUGUAACAUAUCAAGCUGUAAAUAGUUUUGUAAUACCAGCACGUGUUGUGUAAACGUUGUUUGUACAUCAGUGUCAUUUUGAAAACUUAACAGAAACCUUUGUUCAUCGUCUUGAUGUUGUGACUGUAAACGUUUUGGUGUUUGUAAGCUCAUUUAUGCUUGGGAAACACACUGAGUUACUGAGUUCUUAUGCAAAGUUUUAAUCACACUAAUGUAAUAAUUAGAUCACUACUUUAUGGAAGUAAAACAAAAAAAGCAAUUUGCUUUAAGGAACGAUGAAAUACAGAAAGUGACAAAAUGUGUAGAAAAUCUAACGAAGUUAUCAAAUUCACACAAAUUAAGAGCAAGUUUCUUCUUAAUAAUAACCAGUACGACACCCAGAAAUGAAAUUUUCAACUAGGAAAAGUGUUUCAGUGUCAUCCAGGGCGCUUGUCCUGGUGUGGGUGUUGGUGACGGCUGUGAAAGGUCAGGCGAGCUCCCAAGCGUCGCCCCCGGCCGAGUCCGGAAGGUCUGGCACGCCUCCACCAGUGGUCCUUGUACAUGAUUUAGACCAUCGUCCAUCCUAUACAAACAACCCUCAGAGUCCAGAAAUACGUGAAGAGACACUGAGGCCACUAAACAAAAGGGUUCCCUAUUUGUACACUGCAGGUGCUUCUCAGAUUUCUCACGUCCGUUCUCAAAGAAACGUCAAAAGCAUUUUCCCGAGUAGUGGUAGUACGCGGCUGGAACAGCCGCCUUAUAAUACUUUGAAAGCUGAUGUUGGAGGUCGACAUCAGAGUGAGGCUAAUUAUUACCAGUUUUCUAAACAACAUGAACCUGCGGUGCAACGAAAAACUCUGAUAACUGAAAACGAAAACCGAUAUAAAGGACCACAAAAAUUAUCACAGGACAGAAUAACAUACUCGAGUCUUGCGGAGUUACUUAGGAUACCAGUGGUAACACUGCCUCCUUCACAAAGUGUGAUCGGAAGUACCCGCGCCCACGUACCCAAAGGGCGGCGCCAGAUGUUGGCGCCAACCGGAAUUAAACUAACUCCGCCCCUCAGGUUACUCUUAAACAACGAACCUUCCAGUCCGCUCCCGCCCUCCACCUCGCGCAAGUUCUCCACCGCCUCACCCCUCAUCUCUGAGGACGACGAAGUAGUUCAUCACACAAACGAAUCAACUAAGAGGAAUAAACGAGAAUUUAUGAAGAAAGUAAAUCUACUACACAAAUACUUCGAAAUAGAGAAAUUAGAAAGAAAUAAUGAUUUCAGAAUCUCGGAAAAUGGUCAGAAUAAUAGAAGAAACACAAGGGAGAUCAUAGAUGACUAUCUCGAAUCACAACACGGUCGACGCCGCCCUGAAAAUACGUUUUCUAAUGCUGACACCACUGUGGGACUGUGGGCUGUGCUAGGGAGCGGUACUUCCACGCUAUCAACUCGAGACGACACUCUCUAUUCUACCCCAGCUAUGGACAGAGGUGAUCCCAUAAUAACAAGCGCUGAGAGAUCAAACACGAACAAUGCUAACCCACCUAAUCCAAUACAAACAGAUAGGUCACCUGAGAGAGAAAUGACAGAAAAUGGUCCUUCCUUGACAGUAAACACAGACCACAGCACAAGAACGGGAAGUGUCCAUCACUCGUUGACAGCGACGCACACAAAUAGUCACACUAGCACAAUUACGGACGAAGAUGACCAUCCAAGAAAAACAGAAGAUAGUGAUAAGAGCCUUAAUAUAAUCCUGGACAAAGAUGCUUACCUCCAUGUAACAGAUGAAAGGGACUACCUUAGUAAAACAUCAGGUCUAGAUGGCCUACUUGAUACAAGGAAGGACAGAGUUGACAAACUUGACCCAACACAGUAUGAAGAUGACACUCUUGGCGCAACUCACUAUGAAGAUAAUACCCAUAGUUCAACACACUAUAACGAUGACUUCUUUGGCACGUCCCACUAUGAAGAUGACAUUCGUGGUCCAACACACUACGAAUAUAACUUCUCGGGUGAAGUUAUAGACGAAGAUGACUAUUCUGGUGCAACCACAGAGAGGGAUGUCUUUGGUACAACCACAGACAGAAAUGACCUCCCUGAUACAGCCUCAGGGGACGGUGACUACCCCAGAACAACUACGGACCAGAGUGGCCUCCCAGGUACGCACACGGACGGUGACAAUUACACGGGUAUAACAGCGGACGAGCAUUUCGAGAGAGGAAGAUAUCCGACUGGUCAGGAUGAGUCGGACGUUCUGGGGAUGAAGAGGAAUGAACACGAACACACCAUAAAAGUUGAAGACGGAGAUAAGGUGGAGAAACUAUGCAAAAAAAUUAAAGUUCUUUUUGAUUUUCUCGAUACAAAUCACACCAGCUUGGAUUUCAGUGACAAAAAUUUCGAUAUUUCGAAACUAGAGUACGAAAAACACGUGAUAAUGCUCCGAAAGGAAUUUGAACGACUCGGAUUAUAUGAAGAAGAGUAUAAGAACGGCGACUCAUUCUUGCCAGAAACGACGAUGUCCAAGCAAAACGAGUAUCCAUUAGCAUCAAAGGUUUCAGACUACAAGGACUGGCCAGAGUCAGGAGACCUACAGAUCCCAGCAGGACCGUCAGCGACCCCUCCUGCCUCCCCAGACGUGGAACUCUGGCUUAAAGACAAAGAUGGCAGGACAGUCGAGGGGAAGCUCUUGCCCGCCCUUCAAUAUUCAGGAGUACAGCAUCAGCACCGUUAUUCUCCCACACUGUUGCCGCUGGGGAUGAGGAACUUCGACUCCCUUGAGGAUAAUAGUUAUAUCCUCGAGACCCAAGGUGAUUUUGUCCUUCAGGCUGAUGCUUCCACUCAACGCCUCCUCGCUGUUGUCUGCAAGAAUGUACUGGAGCUGCAUACAGAGUGCAAGAGCACAGAUAUAAAGCUGGAACAUUAUGAGGUUGUAAAUUCCCUUCCUGCCCUCGGUGGCGGAGCUCAAGUCCAGGAUGCAGCGGGCGUUCCCUUCCUGGAUCGUACCCUAAAACGGGAGCAGCUUAAGGAAAAAAAGCCGCAAGCCUAUGGAUUUCCAGCUUUGCUGCAAAGGCUGGAAUUCUACUCCCUUAAAAUAUAA